UGGGCCCAGAGUCCCAGAUGCCCAGCCAAACAGUUGCUCUGUACAUCUUGCUGUGAAACUCCCACCUCUACGACAGUCUUUGGGAGCUGCUUGUCCUACCUCCCAUCCAGAAGUGAAAGGGACUGUCCCUGUGUACAUGUCAAGAAAAAUCAUCCCUGGUCUCGCACGGAAACCUUUUGAAAUGGCUUCCGACAUACCUGGCUCAGUGACAUUGCCUGUCGCCCCCAUGGCAGCCUCUGGACAGGUGAGGAUGGCCGGGGCCAUGCCUGCCCGAGGAGGAAAGCGGCGUUCCGGAAUGGACUUCGAUGAUGAAGAUGGUGAAGGGCCCAGUAAAUUUUCAAGAGAGAAUCACAGUGAGAUCGAGCGGCGCAGGCGGAACAAGAUGACCCAGUACAUCACGGAACUCUCAGACAUGGUCCCCACCUGCAGCGCGCUGGCACGGAAGCCAGACAAGCUCACCAUCUUGCGCAUGGCCGUCUCGCACAUGAAGUCCAUGAGGGGCACGGGGAACAAGUCCACGGAUGGCGCCUACAAGCCUUCCUUCCUUACCGAGCAGGAGCUGAAGCACCUCAUCCUGGAAGCUGCUGAUGGGUUUCUGUUCGUUGUGGCAGCUGAGACGGGGAGAGUGAUCUACGUGUCUGAUUCGGUCACACCUGUUCUGAACCAGCCCCAGUCGGAGUGGUUUGGGAGCACUCUGUAUGAGCAGGUGCAUCCUGACGAUGUGGAGAAGCUGAGAGAGCAGCUGUGCACCUCGGAAAACUCGAUGACAGGGCGGAUUCUGGACCUGAAGACGGGGACGGUCAAGAAAGAGGGGCAGCAGUCAUCCAUGAGAAUGUGCAUGGGCUCCCGGCGCUCUUUCAUCUGCAGGAUGAGGUGUGGAAAUGCUCCUCUGGACCACCUGCCUCUAAACAGAAUAACCACCAUGAGGAAAAGGUUCAGGAAUGGCCUUGGCCCUGUGAAAGAAGGUGAAGCCCAAUAUGCCGUGGUACACUGCACAGGAUACAUCAAGGCCUGGCCACCUGCAGGAAUGACGAUACCUGAGGAAGACGCUGAUGUGGGACAAGGCAGUAAAUAUUGCCUGGUGGCCAUCGGGAGACUCCAGGUGACCAGCUCCCCUGUGUGCAUGGACAUGAAUGGGAUGUCGGUACCCACAGAGUUCCUGUCGCGGCACAACUCCGACGGGAUCAUCACGUUCGUGGACCCAAGGUGCAUCAGUGUGAUCGGCUACCAGCCCCAGGACCUUCUGGGAAAGGACAUUUUGGAAUUCUGCCACCCAGAGGAUCAGAGUCACCUGCGGGAGAGCUUUCAGCAGGUGGUGAAGCUGAAGGGCCAAGUGCUGUCCGUCAUGUAUCGAUUUCGCACCAAGAACCGGGAGUGGGUGCUGAUCCGCACCAGCAGCUUCACCUUCCAGAACCCCUACUCUGAUGAGAUUGAGUACAUCAUCUGCACCAACACCAACGUCAAGCAGCUGCAGCAGCAGCAGGCGGAGCUGGAGGUGCACCAAAGAGAUGGGCUGUCCUCCUAUGACUUAUCUCAGGUGCCAGUCCCCAACCUACCUGCUGGUGUUCAUGAGGCUGGGAAGUCGGUGGAAAAGGCAGACUCCAUCUUCUCCCAGGAGAGAGACCCCCGGUUUGCUGAGAUGUUUGCAGGAAUCAGUGCUUCGGAGAAGAAGAUGAUAAGCUCUGCUUCGGCAGCAGGAGCCCAGCAGAUCUACUCCCAGGGAAGCCCAUUCCCUCCCGGGCACUCUGGAAAGGCCUUCAGCUCUUCAGUGGUUCACGUGCCUGGGGUGAAUGACAUUCAGUCCUCCUCAUCGACGGGCCAGAACAUGUCCCAGAUCUCCCGGCAGCUGAGCCAGAGUCAGGCUGCAUGGACAGGGAGCCGUCCACCCUUCCCAGGACAGUCCAGUAAGACCCAGUCAUCUCCCUUUGGAAUUGGAACGAGCCACACCUACCCAGCAGACCCGGCUUCCUACAGUCCCCUCUCCAGUCCGGCCACCUCCUCGCCCAGUGGGAACGCCUACUCCAGUCUUGCCAACAGGACUCCCGGGUUCGCUGAGAGUGGACAGAGCAGCGGGCAGUUCCAGGGGCGGCCUUCCGAGGUCUGGUCACAGUGGCAGAGCCAGCAUCAUGGGCAGCAGAGUGGUGAGCAGCACCCCCACCAGCAGCCUGGCCAGACUGAAGUGUUCCAGGUAAAUCGAGCGAGCACCGCCUUCUCCUAGGACAUGCUGCCCAUGCCAGGAGAUCCGACCCAGGGGACUGGCAACUAUAACAUCGAGGACUUUGCCGACCUAGGCAUGUUCCCGCCCUUUUCUGAGUAGCUCUUGGGCAGAGCGAGGCUCCCUGUACAGGGCCACGAUGGUUCGACAUCAACACCCAGCUUGCCCUGCCACAGGACCCCACUGCAGUGCCCCUCCCCCCGCGCUCCCCCAGGCCUGGUACUGCUUGGCUCUCACCGCAGCUGUGGCUUCUCUAUCGCUACUGACCAACCCUGCUGGGUGUGGGGCUUGGUUGUAUUUAUUGUAUUCUAUCUGUACGCGCUCUCCGGCCCUCAGAUGUAGCUACAAAUAUCCCUUGGUCGGCACUGUGCACCUUGAGAAGCUUGAUGCCCAGAGCAGCAGUGGGCCUGCCUGGGGUGCCAGAAUCUGGCUUCUGCUUGGUUUUCACAGCUGGUGGCUGCUGGCCGGGUUGGGUAAGGGGCAGACAGGGUCAGGGCCUUUGUCACGCCCUGGGGACUGGGAGAGGCCCACUGCCUGCUGCUGUGCCACUGGGUCUAUUGUGACGUGGAUGUUUGUGCUUUGUGUGGUGAGAUGUGAACUGUCUGUCCUGAUGAGUGUGUUGUGCCUCGUGUCUGUCGUGUGUGGCCCGAGUGUGUGCACAGAAAUGUGUAGCUCCUGCCCCUGCUCUUACUGAGGAUACUGACACAGGCUGGCAGGGAGGUAGCUGACAGGCUGACCCCGGUGUCACCAGGAGCUGAGGCUGAGGACCUGCUCACUGUGAGGGGUCAGUUCUUCAGUCUGGGCUGCUGCUUCGGAUCCAAGCUCCUCUGCAGGGGAAGCAGCCCUUCCCCCUUCUCAGAGCCUGAAGGUCACUGUCUUCUCUCACCGACAGCAGGGACAGGACACCUGGCUUCCUGGGUUGCACCCUGUAGUGGGAGGUCACUCCUAUGUGGAGAGGGCCUCCUGCCCUGUCCCCCAGUGAGGAUACAGUGCAGCUCUGUGUGGCAGAGGACUGGCUCCAGCUCUGUUUGUAACUCUGUUCCUGCCACAUACUCAUCAGGGCUCUGAGUUCUCAGCAGUCUCAAGACAGGAGCACUGGCUGACUUCUAGAUGCUUCUGUCUGCUGCCUGCAGAGCCCAAGGGCCCUGGCUCGUGGUGUUUCAUUUUCACAGACCCUGUUUUCUCUACUUCCCUCAUUUACUUCUUUUCCCACUGGUCACCUCAUUCUCUCACACCAGCCCCUCCACCUACUGAUGCCCAUGUGGGAAAGAGGGCCACCCUUCGAAAAAUCCUGGGGUCCCUCCCAGAGUCCUUGUGAAUACUGCACAGCAUUGUGUCCCUGCCCAUGGGUCCCCAAGAUCAAGGAAUGAGUGAGUGGAGGGAGCCCCAGGUACAGGGAGGAGCUCUGCACUGUCAAAGGCCUGCCUUCUCUGAGCUGUCAAAAGCCAGCCUCCCCAGCAGGAUGCCCUGCCCCAGGACCUGGCCUUCUGUGAUCCCAGCUCUGAGACUGCCAAGCCUGGCACUGCAGUCUCUAGCACAGCUUUUAGUCUUCUUGUAAAUAGUGGUGACUGGGUCCUGAGUGUAGAUGUAGGUGUUUGCUCGAUCCUCAAAGGAGCUGUUGCCUCUGGGGAAGUGGAGUCACCACAGGCAGCCCCAGCUCAGGUUUCUGGUGCCACCCAGCACCAUCUCAGUGCCCAGCAGCCUUGGGCUUGCCCUGAGCAGUGAGCUUUAUCCUCCUCCCAAAAAGGCACAAAAAUAGCCUUUGGAGCGAAGAAGUGUUCUUAAUGAGAAGGAGUAGACUGCGUGUGGCCUUUAGCUUGUGAGUUUGGAGGUUCAUUUUUGCCCUCUGUAUGGCAGAGGACAGUUAGUUGGGUGAUGCCAGAGAGCAGCCAACCGUGCUGCUACGCUGCUGGUCCGUGCUAGACCCAAGGCAUCCGUAACCAGCAGAGAGGACCUACUCUGGCCACCUCCCACCUGUGCCUCCGACCUUAACAGGAGGUCAGGUUGCCUGGGCCUGCGAUUUGUAGCCCAAGGAGAGCUGUGACCGCUGAGUCUGACUUCCUGCCUCCCCGCCUUAUCCUGGGAGCAGGGUCUGAUGGCAGGUGUGAGUCCUAUGUCUUUUCUGUCCCCCACUCUGUAUUUAGUGGUGAUUCUCAGAAACUGUCCUGUGGCCAGUAAGAAAGUAGACCAGGGGUGACAGCGAACAGUCCAGGACUGGGAAGAGCCCAUAGAGGGCCCUGAGGCACAAAGGGGAAGAGCAUAGCCCUGAACUGCAGGCUUGGUGUCCUGGUUUGGAAAAGAGCCCCCACACCAUCCUGCUGGCCCAGGAGGCCAGUACCACCCUGCCAGGAUGGGUCAUUGCCAGGGGGAGGGGAGGCUCCUGGAUUCCUGUAGUAGUGAGACGCCUCCACAUUCCCAGAUGUGCCCUGUUCUUCUCAGGCUGAGAGCUAUACCAUGGCUACUAUCAAUGAGGACACACUGAGGUGCUACCAGGACUGGCCAUGAUGGUAACAGUGGCCGGGAUGGUUCUAGAGCAUGCUGCCCACAGGUCCCUCUGCCCUGGUUUGUUGUUAGCUCUGUUCAGGCAGUGAGAGUCUGUCACAGGUGACACAUUGUCCUCCACUUCCCAAUACAACAGUUCGGCCUUCUGGUUAUUUCAUGAGUAGAGAACAGUGCAGAGUGGGGAGUGCCGGUCUCUAAUAGAGCUCACCCUAGGAUACUUAGGUCUGCUGUGUCAGUACAGUGACUGUGUGUCCCCUAAUUAGCCAUGCUUGUGGGUAACAGUGCUGUGACCAGCCUGGCACAGGAGGAGGCAGGCCCCAGGCAGCAAGGAAGGCUCCCUGUCCUGCACACAAGGGGCAGCCAUGAGCCCAUGUGAGAGCCAGGCAUGCUCGCCCAUUGGAGCCAUCUGCUCGUAGCAGUUACCGCCUGACACUUAAUCAGGAACCAGCCAGGUGCCAGUGAUAGAACUGAUAUGCUCUUUGUAUGACUAGAAAGGGAGCUGGUUAGGAUGUGAUUGGGUCCUAAUCUUCAGAGGUCCAACUUCUCCAUCUCUGCCAGAUCCCAUGCACCAGGAUCCGUAAGCAGUUUGUCUGCCUUCUCCCCGCCCAGGCUCCAGGGGACCUUGCAGGGCAUGUGCACGUUUUUGCACCUUGCACGCCUGGGUCUCAUGGCUGGAGCUGCUUUAUGGUCCAGCAACCAGCCAAGGCCUACAGGGCACCAGCUAGCAAAACAGAAGCUUGACAGGUUGGGCCGGAGCAGAGCAGCUUGCUUCAUCUAACAAUCGGUUUUCUUAAAAAGAUUUCACAAGCAGGCUUCAGUGGACAACAAGCAAUCAUUACACUCUUUACCUUUCUUCUUAUGGAUGUGAACUGUGCUGUGGAUAAAUCAUCAUUUGUAUUUCUUGAAUGUUCUCCAUGACUAACAGUUAUUAAGUCGCUGUGUAUAUGUGUAACUAAUGUAACUGCCUCUGAAAUUUUCAUUACAAUAAAAAUGACUUUGCUGCGCA